AUGGAUUCAUCCAGAGGAACUACUUCCUACAGGGGUCACGAUCGUUACCACGGGAAUCACCAUGUUGAUGAUUCGUCACAGCAUGUGCCCACUAGUGUCUACAUGCUGGAGGAGAAUGUACCGCUCCACGACCAACCUGGACGUACAGAUUCUCGACGUUACUCGGAUUUGGAGAGAAUUGGCUCAUCUCCGAGGGGGCUUGAUACCAUCAAUCAUGAUUGUCCUUGGCAACCAGGACGCUCUAGACGAAUCCUAUAUCUCGGUUAUGCUCCUUUACUCCUGAGUCUGGCUUGUACUCUUUUGGCCAUUUACAUUAUUUUGAACAGCAACGGCAAGCCGGUUAGCGCUUGGGCUGGUUCACAUCGCAUGCAGCCUGGUCAGCUCCUGGCUUUUACUUCAACUGCUGCAAAUUCUUUGAUGAUGAUUGCCUACGUUCAGGGAUGGGUGUCUUUUUUCUGGAUACAAGCACUCAAAGGCAACAUGCCUGUGUCCAGUCUUCACUAUAAUUGGGAAGCAGCCACGAGUGUUUGGGGAUCCCUCAAAUCCUUGAUGCGAAGAAGGGCUUGUCGCGUCAGUGUUGUAUCCAUCCUCGUGACCAUAACGUCCUUCCUCCGGGGCCCUCUGAUACAAAAAGGCUCCUACAUCCUAACCAUUGGUUCAAUGUAUGCGGGUAUUAUUGACCUUCAAGUUCUACCCGCCACCGAGGUUUGGGAUUCACAGUCCUCUGAUACUCCCAAACUCAAGCAAAUAUUCUCAGACGUCAUGAGAGAGUAUCAGGCCAGGACUCCCAUCCACAUUACCGGGUCAGAUUGCAACAAUUGUUCCUUAAGUGUUGAGGGGUUUGGAUUCCAAUACGUGAACACACUCAACCAAUCAAACUUACAUCACUUUUUGGAGCGCCCAUCAACAAAUUACAGCCAGAACCAUAUUCUCAAUGUUACAACCCAUGCCAUUAAUGUCAACGAGUAUAUUGAGGUUAAUGUCGUUCGGAAGGCCUCGAAUGAUUGCGAUGCCAACGUCAUCACAACGACACAUCAUCUAUAUCCCUCAACGGUUAAGUAUAAGUUGUUCCUCCAAGGACAAAAAGCCACAUUUUCAACAAGCGACUGGCAGAACGAUGAGGUUGUUCAGCUGCUAGGAGCGGCAUCUUUCUUGUACGCACAAAACUCUGGCAAUGAAAGCGCAUGCGGUCCAAUCUUUGACGAUCCGACUCAUGAUAUUUUGAACGGUUUCCGAGAGCUGGCGUUGCGCCUGUCCAUCCGUGAGGCAUUUGAGAGACACGAGGCUGCUGCGGCGGCAGGUGGCGAGACAGAAGGCAACCCAGCCUUUGUGCAGAAGGUUACCUACACCAGCCAUCAGCCCCAAUAUGCCGUCGACAAGCCAGCCCUUGCCCUAGCGGUAGUGAUUAGUCUUCUCGGUCCUAUCUCGAUCCUCUCUCUAUUUAAAGGUUGGACAACCCUCGGGAGAGACUUUUCCUUAAGCCCAUUCGAGCUGGCCAACUCGUUCCUCCUCCGGUCGCCGCUGCCCUCGUCGUCACCUCGGUCAAACAGCAGCGGCGACUCUAUUUUCGAAUUGGAGCAAAGACAACAUCAGCUCGCUUCACUCCUUGCUAGCUGCAGCAGUAAUGCCUCGGCUGAGAAAGUACUUGAGUCGAUCUGUCAAAGAGCAGAGGCGGCUAGUGACGGAGUGAAUGGCAUGACGACCAAGGAGCCAGUGGUGCAGUAUGGAGUGCUUGACGGUACGGGCUCGCUCGGUUUUGCCAUUUCGGAUGUAAAUGGCGUUGUUCAUGCUCGGAAACCGAGAGAGGGAGAGAUGCUAUGA